AUGCAUGAACAGCGCAAGAAAUUUGCUUGCCACUUUGAUGCGAUCCGCACUGCUCCACCAAUUCGAGGCCGCGCUGCUCGCUCGCAUCGAUCCAGGAGAGGAUUUGCCUUGGGAAAAUCGCGCUUGUCGUUAAAGAUCGAUCCCGAUAGUAUAACUACUGGAAAGAGGACACCUGUUACGGGACAAUCGACCCCCGCAUCAACUUCCAGUAGUUGUGGCAGUGAUGCGUUGCCGUGGUGGGAAGUCGAGUAUCAAUGCCCACCCCCAGGUCAUCUCGGUGUUCAUGUGGUUCCCGUCUCCACUGAAGAGCAAGUAGAAGAUUCUACAUAUGUAACAAAUGAAGCUGUACAAACUAGCAGCAUGACGAAAAGCACAGAGGGGAGUACCAGAAGACGCUUCAAGUCCGUCGAGCGUUUGACUUUCGCUCAGACAGAGUCAAUCUUGUCGCCCAAGAUCAUUCAACCAGGCAUCGAUCGAUACGAGAAUAUUCAUCGAGCACUACGGGGUCCACGCAGCAAGAUAUUGACUACAAUGGCGUCCUCUCCUGGUGUAUUAACAGACAGCAGUCCGAGUCAGAAACGUAAAAUACGGCCCCAUGACAUGACAGAAUGUGAGACUUCUCUUUUCUCUACACCCGUAACGAAGGAACUCAAGCGUGUCCAUGAGUCUAGAUUGAAGAUUCUAUCUAAUCAAGUGACGACGCCAUCUACAUUCGUGCAUCCACUUACACGUAUUAAUAUUGGCCAACUACAUGGACAUGAUCAAGCAAGUAACUGUAUCGACAAGAUGGAAGACGACGAGCGUCCUGUUCCUUAA